AAACCCCCAAAACCACAGAGAAAGAUGAAAUGUUAGCUGCCCUAACGCAGCGCAAGAAGCAGCUGGAGGUAGAGUUGCAGGGAUGGAGAGAUUGGACGAGCACGAAAGUCGGGCAGGCAGCUCAGAAGCUGAUGAGAAACAAUGAACAGAAGAAGAUAUUGAGGCAGGACAAGGAGGCUGCGGGUGCUGAUAAGUGGACUCAUAAUGCGAAGAACAUUUAUGAGUUGGAUGUUGCACUAAACAAUGCUAAGUACAUGAUGGAAACGGCUACUACUACUCAUCUUAAGCUCCAGGAGGAGCACACCAUGCUGCUGAAAAAGCUAGAGGAUUCAAAACUGGCUUUCCUUUCCCCAAAUCAAAAUUUGCAGGAGAUUAAGCUGAGGGAACAGGAGUUGCUUAAGCAGUGCAGUAAAUUGGAGGCGGAGAUAAGGUUUUUGCAGGAAGAUCUUGCACGUCUCAAGCCCGAAUCAGCCAAGUUGCAGCAGCAAAUAGAUAAAGCUAGGAAGCGCGAACAUGAGUUUGAGAUUCUCAGACAGAAUGAAGAGAGGGAGAAGAUAAAGCUUCUGGAGAAGGCGAAGUCGCUGAGGAGGGAAAGGCAAGAAAUGAAUGAGAAGGCAAAAAUGGAGGAGGAUAAGUUGAUAGCAAAGACAGAAGAGAAUAGGGUUAAGUAUGAGGAAUGCAUGAAGGAGCUAAGAGCUCGAAUCUCUGCACGUAAACUAGGGCCGGAAAGUAGUUCAAGUUCAAGUUCUGAGAAAGCUACUGCAGCAGAAAUGAAACGACGCGAAAAGGAAUGUGUUAUGUGCUUGAGUGUGGAUAGAACAGUAGGUCUCCUCCCAUGCGCUCAUCUGGCUUUCUGCGAAGAGUGCAGUGAGCUUCACGAAAGGCUGGGAAUGAACGACUGUCCUACUUGUCGAACCCUAAUCAUGCAGCGGAUCCGUGUCCGUUUUCCUCCUCCAAAAGCUCAGCCCAAAAGCCAUGAGAACAGGAAGCUAGCUUAGGUUAAG